AUGAUCACCUUUCUGUCGGAGCGGGCGGCGGCGCAGAAAGCCAUCAUCAGGGUCAUCCCGCUCAAGGUGGAGCCCAUCAUCCUGGAAGGGGAGUUCGCCAACGUCGCCGAGGUGACUCCGGCCGAAGGGAAACUGCUCCAGUCCCACCCACUAUCCCUGUGCAACACCAGCGAGGAUGAACACACGGAAUCAGGAUUCAUCACCAUCGUCAAGCUGGAACAGCCAGAUCGGGAUCCCAACCCCUGCCUGUCCCUGGCCAACAAGGCAAAGUUGGCAGGGGAGCGUGGAGCCCGUGCGAUCCUUUUCGACAUCACCGAUGAUGAAAGUGCUGCUGAUCAGCUGAGGAAGCCCAGAGGCCUGAGCCAGCCCGUGGUCCUGAUCAGGGGCCACGAUGCUGAGCUCCUCAUGGGCGUCGUGAACAAGAACAGAGAGGCCCACGUGAAGAUAGAGGUCAAGGAGCCACCAGCUUGGCCAGACUACGACGUGUGGAUUCUUCUCACAGUGGUCAGCACUGUGGUCGUCAUCAUUUUGAUUUUUGUUGUCCGCACAAAGUGCCAACUGAACAGGACUCAGGACUCGGUGCAGCAGCAGACCCUGCAGGCCAUCGGGCAAUUGGCCACGCGCCGCUACCAGCCCCGGGCGCGGCCGGCCCCGCGCUGGGACUCGGCCAGCAGCUGCAGCUCUGCCCCGGUCUGUGCCAUCUGCCUCGAGGAGUUCAGCGAGGGGCAGGAACUGCGGAUCAUCUCGUGCUCUCACGAGUUCCAUCGGGAAUGUGUUGACCCUUGGCUGCAGCAACAUCACACGUGUCCACUUUGCAUGUUCAAUAUUCUUGCCAGAGACUCGGGGGACCAGGCCAUGGCUGCCAGCUCCAGGCUGGUCCCUCAGGACAUGGAGCCUGGGCGGCGACUCCACCUUUUCCGCCAGCAUCCAGGACAUGCCCUUUACCACCUCCCACACGCGUAUCCUCAGAGGAACCUCAGGAGCUUGCCCCCAGAGCCAACCCACAGCAACCCCUUCUUCCACUCUCCAGAGCUCUCCCAGCUGGAUUUUGGCACCAUCCACUACGUGCCCUACAGACCGGCCACCUCCCUGCUGGCCUGUGGCCAUGCGGCGUCGCUGGCCCCAGGCUCGCUGGGGCAGCAUCUCCCCACCCCCUGUGCAUGCGGGCAGGCGCUGGCAGCCCACAGGACGUGUCCGGUGCAGCCUCAGCCGCCCUGCGUGCCACCCAAGGCAGGCCUGGCACAGAAGCAGCACCGCGCGCCCGCCCUGCGCCGGGGGCUGGGCCACGGGCAGCAGCACAACAGCAGCGGCUCCGGGGAGAGCUACCUCACGGAGCACAGCGGCUACCUGGCCGACGGGCCGGGCAGCGACUCCAGCUCAGGGCCCUGCCACGGCUCCUCCAGUGACUCCAUGCUGAACUGCACAGACGUCAGCCUGCAGGGUAUCCACGGCAGCUGCUCCACCUUCCGCAGCUCCCUCAGCAGCGACUACGAUCCGUUCGUGUACUGCAGCUCUGAGGCCUCCGUGCGCUCCCUGGCCCCGGGCCCUCCUUCCCCGGCUCCCGGCUGCUCCUGCUCCCUGACACCCGUGUCCCCUUAG